AUGGAGAAUUUUGAAAAGCCAAUAAGAGGGAAAACAUUCUCCGGUCCAGAAGACGACGCACUAUGCAAGACAUUUUUGUAUGUAAGUCAAGAUUCUGCUAUUGGGACCGGGCAAACAAAGAUUGUAUUUUGGCGACGAAUUCAUGCAAAAUGGGAAGAAUUGUAUGUUGCAGAAACAGGGCUUGCCCCAAAGAGAAAUCCAGGUAGCCUCCGUGCUCGAUUCAAAACUAUCAAAACUCAAUGUACUAAAUAUGCUGCAAGAGUGACAGAAACAAAACGAAGACGGAUUAGCGGUUUUACUGAAGCUGACAUUAUGGAACAAGCAAAUAUAAGCUUCAAAAAUAAGGAGAAAACUGUGUUUGCUUAUCAUCAUUGUUGGAGAUAUUUGAAAGAUGCUAUUACAUGGAAAAUUCCCGGGGGAACCAACAGCGACUCAAACAACGGUAAUUCAUCGUCGCAGUUUACCGAAACACAAGAAACACACAUUUCACUUGAUGGAGACGGAGAUGGAGAUGAAGAGCCGCCGGUUAGUAUUCCGGCCACUAACCCAAAUCAAAGGCCCAUCGGGAAAAAGGCUGCGAAGAGGAAGAUUAUUGAAGAGGGCAAGCUUCUGAUAUGA